AUGAGAUCGAGUCGAAAUAUCAGGGCUACUACUUCGGAAGAUGGCUCCUUGGUUCACGAGUCUUACGAGGCAUCACCUUCACCACAGCGGCCCCGCGAUGGUCCCUCCAAACGCUCGCUCCGAGGUCGCUCAGGAUGCUUGAAUUGUCGACGACGACGGAAAAAAUGCGACGAGUCGAAACCGAGUUGCACCAAAUGCGAGCGGCUCGGUGAAGAAUGUGAAUGGGAUUCGGGUCUGAGUUUUCGGUUCACUUCGCUCGAGGCCGACCACCCUAGCAUGAUAGCUGGUCAAAAAAUUGCUGCCACGGCCCCAUCGACAUCGCUGCAGAUUGUCGACGUCGUUUUUGAUCUGGAAACACACGAAUGUAAGGAGUUUCUCAAUGGCCAAGAAUAUUCCAAUACCGAUGAUCAUCACGAAAAUGAGAAGCCCACACCACACGAACCGGAAAGCGGUGCUUUCUCCUGGGAUAUGGAUCUUGCGGUCGAUGGUAUCUCUCAAGACUUGCCUCAAAACCAAGCAGCAUCUAGUAGAAGAUUCACAAACGACAACAUUUCGCCAGGGAUGCAACGCCUUCCCCUUCUGCGAGCAGAUUCUCACGAGGUCCACAGUAUUCACGACAGCCGACGGUCUCACAGUUUUGCAGCUGGAGAGAGCGAAGCUUCACAUCACGUCACGUUUCAAACUCCGCUCCAACUCACAGAGGAUCCUCUAUCGACGGCCGGUCUUCCUGUCAUCCGCGAAGACGAUCAUUUACUAUCAUUUUCCCUGCCCGAACUCGAGCCUCUGGAUUAUCUCACCAACCGUGACUCUUUUCAGGCAUUCGGCGACUCUUUGUGGCCUCCGAUGAGUAAUGGAGAGGCCAAUGCUCUGAUGGACGUGGAUCAUGUGCCUGCAGAGUCGCCAGAUAUGUAUGCCAUGUACUAUCCUAACGCCACGUAUCGAGAACUGCACACCACUCUGUACAACCACAUGGUCGACACAGCUCGCGGCACUGGUCUCACACGAACAGGCACACCCGAGUCCGACAAAUCUCAAAUCAAUCCGAACGACCAGGAGACGCUUAGGCGGACGUCCCAAUGGGAGCAGGUUGAGCCCGACAGGAGUAUACGCAGCAAUCUACCAAAGGGCAUGACUGUUCGUCGUGAGAUGGAGCUCUGGCGAAAUUACCUUGACGAGAUCGCUCUGUGGCUGGACAUGUUUGACAACGACCGUCACUUCCAGAUCCAUUUACCAAUUCUGGCGCAAACAUCCGAACCACUAAGACUAUCAGUACUGGCUCUUUCUGCGCGGCAGAUUGAACGAAGGGAUCCAGACAAACCUUAUACAGAGAGUCUUGCAUUAUAUCAGGAGGCAAUACGCUUGAUUGCUGGCGAGCUGGAAAGCAUGAGUACGGAGGUCAUUGGAAGCUGCGUGUUGCUUUGCGUGUUGGAGAUGAUGAGCUCUUCUCCCAAAGACUGGGCCCGACAUCUCAAUGGUGCAGCCAUGUUACUCAAGGCUGCAGGGAUCAACGGCGUGGUGGGAGGCAUACGCCAGGCUAUCUUCUGGUGCUUUGCUCGCAUGGACAUGUGGGGUGGCUUCCUCUCUGACUCUCAUACCAAGAUCCCAACAAGCUUGUGGUUCCUGCCCACAGGCACAAUGUCAACAGCAAUCUCAAAAUUCAAGGCGGACUUUCAAAACUUUGACAAUUACGCUAAUUACUCACUCUUUCUCUGCGCCAGUGUGCUCGACGUCGUGUCAAGACGUGGUAGCACCAACGAGCGCGGAAGCACCUAUAGCGCAAAGUGGAAAGCCUUGUUCGAUCUCCUCGUCGAUUGGAACACGAAUAGGCCAGCAGAGAUGCGACCCAUGACAUCGCGUGCAUGCGAGAAUGACGAUGGUGAUCCAUUUCCUGUGGUCAUUUACACGAAUGCGGCGGCUGUCAGUGCGAACCAGCUUUACCAUACUGCUACUUUGCUCAUGCUGCAGGCCAAGCCCAACGACUUGAAGGUACGAGGCCAGAGAAGUAUCUUCUGGCAUGCGAGGCAGGUCAUUGGGAUUUCAGUGAGCAAUCUGCUGCAUGCGGCGUGGACGAAUGCACCGCAGCCAUUGUAUAUUGCUGGCAAGGUCAUGUCGAGCAAAGCCGAGCAUCGCGUUGUGCUGGAAGCGUUGGCCGAAAUCGAACGGACGACGGGCUUUGCUACUCAAUGGCGAGCGCAGGAUCUGAAAGAAUACUGGGGUGAUGAAGGAGAUUGA